UUCUUCAUCCACUUUCCCUUUCUGGAUCCGCUUCAGAAUCUCAGAAAAGUGCGGUGGCCAUGACCGACGGCGAAACGGAAACCUUGCGAAGCACCUUUCCCUCUUACAUGGCGGAGGGGGAGAGGCUGUAUCUGUGUGGGAACUAUGCUAAGGCCGCCCAAAGCUUUAGCAACGCUCUUCACCUUCAAAGCGGAGAUAAGAACUGCCUGGUUGCCCGUUCCAAGUGUUACCUGAAGAUGGGAGACUUGGAGAAAUCCCUGAAGGAUGCUGAGGCCUCACUCCAAAGUGACCCAACUUUCUGCAAGGGGAUCUUACAGAAGGCCGAGACCCUGUACACCAUGGGAGACUUUGAGUUUGCUUUGGUGUUCUAUCACCGAGGCUACAAACUGAGACCUGAUCGGGAGUUCAAAGUCGGAAUUCAGAAAGCCCAGGAAGCUAUCAACAACUCAGUGGGAAGUCCUUCUUCCAUUAAGCUGGAGAACAAAGGAGACCUCUCCUUCUUAAGCAAGCAAGCCGAGAGUAAGAAAGCCCAGCAGAAGCCUCUGCCGAUGAAACUUCUCUACUACAACAAACACGAACCCAAACGAAAGGGCUCGCUCAAGAGCGAGAAGACCGUCCGGCAGCUGCUCGGGGAGCUGUACGUGGACAAGGAAUACCUGGAGAAGCUUCUUCUGGAUGAAGACCUCAUCAAAGGCACCAUCAAGCACGGCCUGACGGUGGAGGAUCUCAUCAUGAGCGGCAUCAACUACCUGGACACCCGCAGCAACUUCUGGAGGCAGCAGAAGCCCAUCUAUGCCAGGGAGCGGGACCGGAAGCUGAUGCAGGAGAAGUGGCUGAGGGACCGGAAACGCAGUCCCUCUCAGACGGCCCACUACAUCCUCAAGAGCCUAGAGGACAUUGACAUGUUGUUGACCAGUGGCAGCGCCGAAGGGAGCCUCCAGAAAGCUGAGAAGGUACUUAAGAAGGUUCUGGAAUGGAACAAAGACGACGUGCCCAACAAGGAUGAACUUGUCGGGAACUUGUACAGCUGCAUCGGCAACGCCCAGAUUGAGAUAGGGCAGAUGGCGGCCGCGCUGCAGAGCCACAGGAAGGACCUGGAGAUCGCCAAGGAAUAUGACAUUCCAGAUGCAAAAUCGAGGGCCCUUGACAAUAUUGGCAGAGUUUUUGCCAGAGUUGGGAAAUUCCAGCAAGCCAUUGACACAUGGGAGGAGAAGAUCCCUCUAUCCAAAACCACCCUGGAGAAGACCUGGCUCUUCCAUGAGAUUGGCCGCUGUUACUUGGAGCUGGACCAGGCAUCGCAGGCCCAGAGUUAUGGUGAAAAGUCUCAACAGUAUGCUGAGGAGGAAGGAGACCUGGAGUGGCAGCUGAAUGCCAGUGUUCUAGUGGCCCAGGCCCAAGUAAAGCUGAGAGACUUCGAGUCAGCUGUGACCAACUUUGAGAAGGCCCUGGAGAGAGCCAAGCUGGUCCACAACAAUGAGGCGCAGCAGGCCAUCAUCAGCGCCUUAGAUGACGCCAAUAAGGGACUCAUCCAAGAACUUAAGAAAACGAACUACAGGGAGAUACUCAGGGAAAAGGCGGAGAAACAGGAAGUCACUACAUUGAUAGAGUUGCCCGCAACCCUGGAGAAGGAAACGAGACACACUCGAGACGAAUCGGAGAAAGUGGUGAAACAGUGGGAAAGGGAUCCAAUGGAGAGCGAGAGAUCGACUACGGAUGAUGAGGAGUCAAAGCUUACGCUGCUGAAACCGGAGGGACAGGAGCAAGACAGAGGCAGCUCUGGAGGAGAUGGCACACAGCUGUUUGUACAGAGUACGGAAGCUUUCGGGAAGCCCUUGGAAGACUCGGAACGCACGUUCUCAGAGAGCUUAAGCCUAAAGGAUCUAAAACCAGCAGAAGCAGUCAUCGAGGAGAUUGACAUAUCGGAGAAAACGGAAGAUGAUGACGUGAAAGAAUGAAAUGUUUUAACAAAUGGGAAAGGAUGAAGCCUUGCUUAGUAGGCAUUAGGCUCAGGAGGUUGGGCUCAGGUGUUCCCAGGUGAGAUGUUUUUGAUAGGAAAAACUGGGAGACUGACUCCUCCUACAGGUUACCCCCGUGUAUCCCUGU